AGUGUGUGUGUGUGUGUGUGUGUGUGGCAGGGGCGAGUGACUGGCUGAGAGAAGUGCAGUGUUGGCAGCAGGGAGGCAGAGGCACAGCGGCGGGGAUAGGCCAGCUAGAGGCGGCAGGGGCAGACAGGGACAGGAAGACAGCAACAGGGGCCAGGGAAAGAGGGCAGGGAGGGGUAAGAGAGCGGUGAGACACGACAAGGUACUGAAGACUCGCUGUGGUGUUGCGGUGGUGGUGUGGCGGGAUGUGGUACGCUGUGGUGGUGCUAUGGGCCCUCUUCCCCAUGCCCAGGGGUUUCUACGUGCCCGGUGUGGCCCCUGUGGAGUUCCAGAGGCUUUCCCCGGUGGAAGUAAAAGCCGUCAAGAUGACCAGCUCCCAGACGCAGCUCCCCUACGAGUACUACUCCCUCCAGCUGUGUCGGCCCCGCAACGGCACCAUCUACAAGUCGGAGAACCUUGGGGAGGUGCUGCGCGGUGACCGCAUCGUGAACACACCCUAUGAGGUGCGCAUGGCCCAGGAUGCCCAGUGCCGCCUGCUGUGCCACGACCUGGCCAAGCCCAUCACCUGGAACCCCGAGAUGGCGCGCCAGGUGGUGGACCGCAUCCGCCACGAGUACUUCGUGCACCUGCUGGUGGACAACCUGCCCUGCGCCACCAGGUAUCCCGGGGGCGACGGGGGGGACAGCGUGUACCAGCGUGGCUACAAGCUUGGCUACAUCCAGAAUAACCGCGCCUACAUCAACAACCACCUCAGGCUGAUCCUCUCCUACCACACCGAUGAUGACAUCAACUUCCGGGUGGUUAGGUUUGAGGUGGAGACAGCCAGCAUUGACCUGUCUGAGCUUAAGGGUACCGUCAACAACUGCUCGUUCCCAGAGAAGCACAACCCACAGGAGGUAAAGGAAAGUGGCACUGAGCUUCUCUUCACUUACUCGGUUCAGUGGCGGCCGUCUGAGGUUCGCUGGGCCUCGCGCUGGGAUAUUUACCUGCAGAUGACCGAUGUACAGAUCCACUGGUUCUCCAUCAUCAACUCCCUGGUGGUGGUGUUCUUCCUGUCCGGCAUCCUCACCAUGAUUAUGAUCCGUACUCUGCGCAGGGACAUUGCCAGGUACAACGCGGAUGAGAGCCUCGAGGAGACCCUGGAGGAGUCCGGGUGGAAGCUGGUGCACGGGGACGUGUUCCGGCCGCCUCGCUACCCGAAGCUGUUCACGGCGUUGGUGGGUUCUGGCGUGCAGAUCUUCUGUAUGGCACUGAUCACCAUCGUGCUGGCCAUGUUUGGCAUGCUAUCCCCCGCCUCGCGUGGUGCCCUCAUGACGGCCGGCAUUCUGCUGUACGUGUUCAUGGGCCUCAUCGCUGGCUACAUGGCGGGCCGCCUGUACCGCACCCUGCGUGGCCAGCAGUGGCGCUCGGCCGCUUUCUGGACCUCCACGCUCUUCCCGGCCUUCGUGUUCUCCACUGGCUUCUUCCUCAACUUCUUCAUCUGGGGCAAGCGCUCCAGCGGCGCCGUGCCCUUCAGCACCAUGAUGGCGCUUAUCUCGCUGUGGGUGUGCGUGUGUGUGCCGCUCACCUUCAUCGGCUACUACUUUGGGUUCCGGAAGCAGCCGUAUGAGCACCCAGUGCGCACCAACCAGAUCCCUCGCCAGGUGCCAGAGCAGGUGUGGUACAUGCACCCCGUGCUGUGCCUGCUGAUGGCUGGCGUGCUGCCCUUCGGCGCCAUGUUCAUUGAGCUCUUCUUCAUUCUGUCCGCCAUCUGGGAGAACCAGUUCUACUACCUGUUUGGCUUCCUAUUCCUGGUGUUUGUGAUCCUGGUGGUGUCCUGCGGGCAGAUCAGCGUGGUGAUGGUGUACUUCCAGCUGUGCGGUGAGGACUACCACUGGUGGUGGCGCAGCCUCAUCACCUCUGGUGGUUCAGCGGUGUACGUGGCGGCCUACUCACUCUUCUACCUGUCCACCAAGCUGGAGAUGACGGAGUUUGUGCCUCUGCUGCUGUACUUUGGCUACACCACCAUCAUGGUGGUCACCUUCUGGCUACUUACUGGCACCAUCGGCUUCUACGCCGCCUACGUCUUCAUCAGGAAUAUUUACGGUGCCGUCAAGAUAGACUGAGUGGUGGCGGCGGUGGCCAGCUGGUUAGCGCCGGCCCGGGCAGCCCUGUACCAGGGCCGGCUGUGCUGUGUUGGUGCCACGGGGGGCAGUGCAGCGCUGGGUCACCUGUGAGAGCGGCCCGGUGGCGGCAUUGGUCAUCGGCAGAUGGCGGCGCUUGUUGCCACUGUUUUGUACAAAGUUUAGCAGGACGGGCCAUUGCACAGGUGUGUGGGUGUGUGUGUGUGUGUGUACGUGUGAGUGAGUGCAGGUGUGGGGGUGGCAUGACGUGGGGGACCACGCUGGGGUGCCACCACUCGAGGACAGUGCUGUGUCCCUCCUUGGUGGUGUGGCGGCCCAGCGUGGCUCGGCGCCCAGCCCACCUGCCGUGUUGCCGUGGCGCCGCACAGCCACAGCACCUCUCACCGUGCCGCGCCACACCUCCCUUCACUCUCCUCACCACCACAAGAUGUCCCUUACCGCUUCACAUCCUGUGGCUAAAUAUAUUAAUAAUUAAGCUGAUAGUUUGAAAGAUUCUUGUAUGUACUCUGUUAUUACUCUUCCCUUGGAUCCUUUCUAUACAGUUUUCUAUCACCGAGGACAAUAAUGGGGCGUAGUGCUGUACACUGUGGGUGGAAGCUGCUCCGCCUCUUGUAUCUUAUGAAAUGUUUAAUAUUAUUUCUGGUUAAGGUUUGCUAGCCACUUAUUUAUACAUAAUACUGUAGUACACUUAGCCACACAACUAACUUACCACACUGUUGUUUUGUCUGCAUGCUGAGGACGGGUUUUGUUCCUGUGCAAGACACCAAGGAAUGACUUGGAUCUUGCUUGAGUCACCAGUUUAUGAAACCAUUUUAUUCUUGCUCAGCUCACCAAGUUAAGAUAUUAUUCAGUUCCCUUGUGAGUUAUCAAGUUAAAACUACUUGGUUCCGUUGUGAGUCACCACUUUAAGAUAUUACUUGCUGUGAACACUACCAUAGCAGCUUAAGAGAAGACAUGGCAUGGGGUUAUCUUUGUGAUGAUGCGGCAGAGUGGGAAGAGUGACGGACUGAGCACAUGAGGGGACAGAAGGUUAAUGAGUGGCAGCCCUCGAUAAAUAAUGAGUGAGGACCGUAAUAAGAUUGAUAAUGCCUGAAGUAAUAAGGGGAUAGAGGUAAAUAACAUAAUUGAAGCUAUGAGAUGCCAGUAGACCUACACUUGACGGUCCCUGUUUUAUCUCUGCUAAAUGCCUGAAUUUCAACACAGUACAUUCCUGCGACACACAGAACACUGGAUGGAUGGGCAGUCUUUUGCAACACGGCUUGGAAAUUUGUGAAGAGUGACUGACAACUCUAAAGAUGAUAAUGUAACCUAACCUCUCUUUAUUCUAAGCUCUUGUGUGGUGGUUUAGUUUGUCACCUGUCAUGAUGUGUGCUUGGUUUUGUUGUUUUGUUAGAUCGAAUCACGGUGUGUGUGUGUGUGUGUGUGUGUGUGUGUGUGUGUGUGUGUGUGUGUGUGUGUGUGUGUGUGUGUGUGUGUGUGUGUGUGUGUGUGUGUGUGUGAAUAUUCAAGUGUGUUUGUGCACUUGAGAGAGAGAGUGAGAGAGAUUUAAGGGUUCAGUGUUGAGAUAAUAAGGUAUUGAUUGAGAGAGAGAGAGAGAGAGAGAUUCACAGGUUGAGAGAAAAUGAUUCAGCUGGUAGUAAAAGAAAGCUUGUCAUAGUGCUUAAAAUGAUUGUAAGAUAUUGAGAGAGAGAGAGAGAGAGAGAGAGAGAGAGAGAGAGAGAGAGAGAGAGAGAGAGAGAGAGAGAGAUUUACAGGUUGAGGCAAAAUGAUUCAAUAUUUAAAGUUAGUUACAGUGCUAGCAACAUGACAGUAUUUGUAUGAGUGCAUUGUGUGGAGUGUUUCUUUCCAUUUCUUUCUUUUCAACAUAAGGAAAGGAGACUGCAAAACACAAGCUGACCUACACAAGACUGAACACCCAAAACUUAACCUGCCAUACACUUAUCCAGCCUCCUUUUGAAGCUCUUGUGUGAAGUCUGUCUUUCCUUUUCUUGAACAUAAGGAAAGGAGUGCAAAACACAAGCUGACCUGCACAAGACUGAACACCCAAAACUUAACCCAUCAUACUCGUACACUUUUCCAGCCUCCUCUCAAAACCACUGGACUUCUGAGCACUAAACAUUUUCCUGUGAGUUUGUUCUGCUCUUCCACAUCCCUGUCAGUGAACCAGAUCAAUCAGUAAUGUGGUUAUGUAACAGGUUUCUUGGUUGUGUAGACAGCACAACCAUCACCAUUACCACAAAAGCUUAGCAUGGAGUUGACAUCAUCAGGAAAAUAACGAGAACCAGUUUGUGUGGUGUUUGGAAAUAGUUGUAAUGAAAGGAAGCAUUUACAAAUUCAGGCGUUGUUCUUUCUUCCACCAGCCAUGAAGAUAUUAAGACUGAGAAGCAAGAGUAGUUUAAAAAGAUGACCUUUGCUAGCAAGAUAACCAAAAAUAACAGAGAAUAAUGGCAUAUCUUAAGCGAAUUUACCCGUGAGUUUAACGUAAAAAAUUCACCUUCUUUACCACAAUAACCAAGGAAAGAAGGUAAUGGCAUAUAUUAAACUUAUUUGCUUGUGAGUUUAGUUUUAAAAUUUACUUUCUUUACACAAACUAACCAAGAUGACACAGAGUAAUGGCAUAUUUUAAGCCUAUUUACCCCAGAGUUUAGUUUAAAAAUUGUUCAAUACGCAAAAUAACAGAAAAGAGAAUAAUUGAAUAUUUUAAACUUAUUGGCUGUGAGUUUAGUUUGAAAAAUUUACUUUCAUUACGCAAAUUAACCAAGAUAAGACAGAGUAAUGGCAUAUUUUAAACUAUUUACCCAUGAGUUUAGUUUAAAAAUUCUUCAGUACACAAAAUAACAGAAAAGAGAAUAAUUAGAUAUUUUAAACUUAAUGAGCUGUGAGUUCAGUUAAAAAUUCUUCAAUGAGUAAUUGCAUAUUUUAAACUCGAAGUCAUGGGUGGAGUUAAAAAGAUCAGGAUAUUGAAAGCUACAUUCAUACGUUGAUUUAUAGUUAUGCAUCGUCCUGCCCCUGCUAGAUGCCCCCCAAAUGCCUCCUCAUCAGCACUUGGCCCCUGUAUUUGUUGUAUUUUUAGAGUUUAUUAUCUAUUUUUUUCAUUUCUAAAUAGUUUGUAGCAAGUGGGUUGGGUGUAAUUUUUUUUUCUUCUUUCUUUCUUUCUUUCUUUCUUUCUUUCUAAGGGUCAGUGUUAUUCUGUAUAUCUGAUCCUGAUAUGUGACUAUUUUUGUGUUAAUUUUAAGUGUAUGGUGUAUUUUUGCUAACUUUAUCUUUUUCCUUUAUUAUUAUUUUCACCAUCAUCAUUAUUAUUAUUAUUUAUCUAGUAUAAUUUUCAUUUUUUUUGGAGGGAAAAUUUUAACAUCACAGAAUUUUGACUCGACUGAACUUCACUGGCAUGAAAUAAUGGUGGUCUGCAUUUUGACAUUCCAUUGCAUAAUUUUCCCUUUUCCAUUUAUUUUCAUUGACGCGUGUUGUAAUCGAGUUGCAUUGACACUGUUGCUGGGCAUGAGUGUUUGGGUGUUGCACGUUCUAGGUGAUGGGUCUUGCCGUGUCCAACUUGUUGCCUUUCAGAACACUGUGUUGUUUUAAGGGAAAGAGAAGGAAACUUGUCGUGUCUUGAUGCGUUCCGAAAGACAAGGUGUAUUCUCGAGCAUUUUGUCAUCUUGUCUUUCCUGUUUUCAAGAGGCUGUAGUGGAAGUCACUGGGGUUUUCAAGGGUGUUUUCAUAUACUUUAGUGAUAAUUUAACAAGGAUUGACAGCUUUAGCAAGCUCUAGUGGAAGUUGUGGAGAUUUCUGAGGGUGUUUUCUUGAUUUAAGUGAUAAUUUAAUGGUGGUUCAAUAAGGCUUCAACACCUUUAGCAAGCUAGUGGAAGUUGCAAGGGUUUUCAAAGGUGUUUUCUUGAUUCCAGUGAUAGUUUAACAACCAUUCUGUAUAUUUAACAGGUUCUGGUGAAUGUUACUGUGGUGUAUUCAUGAUUCUACUAAUAGUUUAAAAAACGUAUUAUAUCACCAACAGGCUUGUUGGAGUUUUUAAGGAUGUUUUAUUGAUUCUGGUGAUAAGUUAAUGAGUUUUUAUUUUAAACAGUCUGUUUAAAGUUACUGGGGUUUUCAAGGAUUUUUUUUGUGAUUCUGGUGAUAGUUGAACAAGCCUCUAGUGAAGGCUAUUGGGAUUUCCAAGUGUGUUUUCUUGAUUCUAGUGAUAAUUCAACACAAGAGAAAAACCCAUAAGAACACCUGACUCACCAUCUCUGCAGCCUUUGAAAACACUCCUGGUGAGAGAACAAGUGUUACAGAAUGCAGAUCUGAUUGUUACACUGAGAUUACUUGAGGAAACGUGUCUCGACUUAUCUGCGUCAAGGGUUAGUGGAGUAAUGAGUGAGGCAGCAUAUGGCUGGGCAGGGAAGGGGGAGACUGGAGUAGAGUGGAGUGAGGUAGGGUGGGCAAAGUCUGGCCUGUGUGUCUCCUCCAGCCAAGACUCAAGAUGCUGGUUGUGUUGAGCGUGUGUUUGUCUGUCACGUGAAUGCUUGGCUUGAUUUUUGUCAAUAUUUUAUGUUCACUGUACAUACUAUGGGAGAUUGAAAGAUUGUCAGUGAGGGGCGAGGUGAGAGAGAGAGUAGCUCUUGAUUUACUUAGUUUAAAAAAAAUCACAUGUUUUUGUGAUACAUGAAAUAUUUUUGCAAGAUGAUAAGUUUGUAAAGUAGAGACCAAGUAGUUGAUGCUUGUAAAUUAUUUGCAUUUAGCUCGUCAGCCAGUCACGGCAAGACUGUCGCUUGACUGGUGUAUUUAUUGAUUCCAUCACAUCUUCCUGGUAACGGCCGACCAAUAGGUUCACCAAAUUUGGAUGUUGAAAGUUAUAUUAUGUUUAUUUGUUUUUAAAUUGCACUUUGUGAUAUUAAACAGAAUACUGAA